UUCACUUCUCUGUUAUCUGCUUCCCUUUAAUAUCCGUAUCGGAAUUCUCCUUUGAUGUAAAACUAAAUAUUAGCGUACAUGUGACUUGAUGUGUCUGAUAGAUGCUGCAGACUACAAUGAUUUUUAUGAAGCCAAGCAAAUAUCCUCUUCAACCUGUCUGUAUGCUGAAGCUGCUCUGUUCCCUGGGCCGGCACUAACUUCACUGCUGGUUAUUGGGAAGAACCUUCCUAACAAGGAAAGCGGUCCCACACUACACAACACUUUCCUUCCUGCUCUGUAAAGAACAUCAGAGAAUUAGUCGCCUGGCGACUAAUCACCUCUUCUUCGGGCCGACAAUCUUUCCGAACAGCAGGGUGAGGCUCCACACCCUCUGUUCCUAUGGCAACACACAACAUCCACCUUCGGGAACAGCAGAGAACAGCCAUGGGCUACUAUGUCCCCUCCAGCAUCGUUAUCAAUCAAGUGGCUGCAAGACUAAAACAUUAUGUGGAUGUGCAGAGGAAGGAAGCUGGGUUUGAUCUGGGAGCGGCAGUUAGACUUGACAGAUACCGACUGUAUCAGCACCCAAAAAGCCCUGAUGGUCCCUGCACUCAGAGUUCCAGACAGUACUCCCUGGAUAAUCAGAUUGAGGCCAUGCUACGAUUACACGCCAGCAAAGCUGAUGAAGAAUGGAAUAGAGAACUGAACACCUUCCAAGACAGAAAACAACACGUUCAGAGAAAAAUCAAAAAGAAAAUAAUAUCGUUUAGCGGCCCUGAACAAAACCCCCACCUUUCUCUGAGAAGAGGACAUUUUAAACAAAGCAGGACAGACAGCUACUGGGACCACUAUCACUUGCCCCCACCUGAUAUUUCCCAAGGAGAAUUCACAAGACUCCUUUGCUCAGCUGCAAAACUCAUUGUCACCACUACACCGGAGGAUCAAAAGCAACAGGUUCCUUCAGGCAGGAAACAAUUACACUGCUCUUUACCCCAUGUACCCAAAGCCAGCAUUAGUUUGAAAAUCCCAUCAUCAGGGCAAGAAGCCAAUGACAGCACAGGAGCAUCACAGGAUGAAACUAUAUGUAUAGAUGACAAUGAAUCAAUGAAUCAAAAAGCAGAAUUAAGUGACACACAUGAAGAAGAGGUGGAUUACAAAAUCACGGUUCACACAGGAUCGAUUUCUAAAUCACAAGGAAGACAAGUCCUGUUGAUAACAAUGGUUGGUGAAUCGGGAAGAUCCAAAACGCUCUGCCUUGAGAAGUCCUCAACCAAUCACUCCCCAUUUUGUGCAGGACAAGUUGAUGUUUUUCAAAUGAAAGCAAAGGAUGUUGGGAAAGUCAAAUAUAUUAUCACAGGGAUUCGCAGGCGAGACAAAAGUUGCAGGUAUUACUGUAGAACAAUCACUGUGAGGAAGAACACAGAUGAGGUCUAUUUGUUCCCCUGCAACCGUUGGUUUGCCUCUGCCAAUACUGUUGUGCAUGGUGCACCAUACUGCAUGGAAUGGAGUCCAGUAGAGGAUGAGGAGGAUACAUCAAAAGGCCUUCAAAACAUGAAGCCAAAACCUGAUAAACUACAGCAGUCUAGUAUAUUGGCCAAAGCAUACAAAUAUGAUGUGACAUCUCAGCAGACAUGUGAAGAGGUGGAGAUCUUACAAAGUGUAUCCAAUGAUGCAGAACCGACUGAAAAAGAGCAUCAAUCUUAUGGUUUAAAGAAAGAAACCUCUUCCAAAGCUGAAAUAAACAUGACAGAUCCAAGUGCUUUACUCAACAAAAACUCAUCAAAGCCAGUUAGAAAGUGUAGUACAAAUGGGUCAAGCACACAAGGCUCUAGACUAACCUCUUCAGCAGCAGAGAACCCAUGCGAUGAUCUACACAAGAGCACAACUAGUGACACAUCUCUGCAGGGUGAAGACAAUAGAGACUAUAGGAAGGAUGAACCUCAAUCUGGAAAGGCAAGCAUUCCAGCAAGCUACAUUUUCUUCUCUCUUGACAUACGGAAUAUUUCCACACCUGAUGCUGAGCCUGUGGGACAUUCAUGGAUAGAAGAUAGCAUUAACUCUAACUAUAAACACAAACCCAAACUGGCAACACCUGACAACAAGGCUCAAAUAGAACCUUCUUCUUCCUCUGGAACUCAUUUAGACGAGGGGAUUAAUAGGAAUAGCUCACAGUUCACCUUAUUACAACAAAUUCUUUCAGACCCAGCAGUCAAUUCAUCUACUGCUUCAGAUUCGUACCCUAUUUACAGCAGCCCAGAGGAACAGGAAAACGCACAAAUUACGGUUUCUCGUUCUGACCGACUAUUCUCUGAGGAGAAUAUUAUCCCAAGUGCUGAUAUUGGGCAGACAUCUUCUAGUCAAUGCCAGCAUUCUAGUCCCACCACACAGACAUCAGGUUGUCCACCUGAAGAAGAUCAGGGCAGUUUUGUGUCAGAUACAACCCUGGAUGAGGAAUACCUGUUCUCUGACACAUCUCUCAUGUUAAGUUUAUCUGAUGAGAAUUCUGAAAAUCUCUCUUCUCAGUCGGAGGCUGAGGGUGCAAGCAAUCGGUCAGCAGACAAGCACAGGGAAGGGGCUUUCAAACCUGUGCAGAAGACCCCUACAAAGGUCAAUAGCGAAAUGGCCCAGAUUUUCCAAAAAGCUUUGGAUGCAGUAGAAAGAGAAGACAGUACUAAGCUUAAGCAUAUGUGUGAACAGCACUUUUUUCUCCUCAGUUCUACAGACAAGGAAGGUAGGACCCUGCUACAUCAUGCAGCUUCUCGUGACAAAACUGCAAUAUGCCAGCUUCUCCUGGACAGCACUAUUGGGCUGAUGAAUAUAGACAGACAAGAUACAUUUGGAAAGACAGCGUUGCAUUAUGCUGUACAAAAUGGCAGCAGCGGGACGAUAAAAGUACUUGUGAACAACAGAGCAAAUUAUGACAUUCCAGAUGGAUAUUCCAGGACUGUUCUGGAUGCUGCACUCCAAAAGCUUCAUGAAGUCUCAAAUAAAGACUGAUAUCGCCAAUUGUAUUUUGCAAGGUCAAGUUUUCUUCAAAUAUAACGGAAAAAGUAUCUUCAAAAGCAGUUCAAGGAUUGUUUGGAUUUAUUACUUAACAGUAAUCAAGUCAAUAUUGCAAGAUGGAUACAACGUGGGUUCUUUUUAGUUGCAUUUAAGUACGCUGAAAAACCCACUGCAACUAGUUCUCCAGCAGAAUAGUCCAUGCUGUGGUGCCUCGUAAUUCAUGCCCUAUGACUUUAUUUCAACCACUUUCUUUUCAUUUCUCUUUUAUCCCUCCAUACUCCUGGUCAAUUCUCUUUUUUCCCUUCUAUCCCAUGGAACUUGGUGGCAGUACAAAAUGACCUUCUUUCUGGCUGUUGAUGAUUCAGGCCUUUGGUAUCCUCCUCCCAUGAGAGCCAAUCCAGUCCGAUCCUUGUGAUGUUAUUUGCUGGUGCUAGAAAAAAGCAUGAUGGUACAGCCAGCAGUGAAGAGUUGUAUUGAAUGUAUAGAAAGUAUUGAACCUUUUUAAAUAAAUGUAAAAUAAAUGCACUGCUUAUACCUGAGGAUAUUAUUAACAAAAAAAACUCAAAGCUUCUUACGAUUAUUGAAUGUGCAGCAGCUCAGGACACCAGAAAUCAUGACAACGUCAUUAAAGGGGUGGUUCGCCCUUAAAUUAUGUUAUAGAAUGGCUAAUUCUAAGCUACUUUUCAA